AACUUCUAAAUAAACCCUUAUUUCUAUUAAUUGAUUUCUUAGUCGGCGUUUUGAUGGAAUCUACCUUUCGUUGCCCAGAAAUUUUUUUUUGCUUGGAUAGUUUCUACUUCUAUACUUAACUUCUUCAAGCAAAUGUAACCAAAAUUUUCUGUAGAUCUGAAGAAAAUUUUAGAAUCAGAAAAGAUUUUGUAUGUGUGGGUUCGGAUUGUUUGUCAGUGUGCUUCGAAUCUGAGUAAGUACAACAAUGUUCAAUUUUAAACUGAAUUGACGAGAUAAUUAUUAUUCCGUCAUAAAUUCUGAUGCCAUGGGUUUGUUUUGGUUUGGAUCUUAGCUCAAUGUGAAUGCUAUGGUUGAUUAUUAUUUUUAUUUAUUUAUUUAUUUAUUUAUUUUGAAUUGAAUUGAAUUGAACUUGAAACUUUUUUACUAGAGAGGAACUUCUUGCAGAGGCGAGCGGUCCUUGAAACAUUAUAUUUUAAGUAGCUUGAUAUGUUCUGGCCUGUAUAAAAGAAGCUCUUUUGAUGGUUUAUUGAACCUUUUUUUAGUAUCAUGGUGCAAGCUCGAGCUUGAGAUUGAUCUGCAUUUAUUAGGAUUAAGUUAAAUAUUGAUUGUUUUAUUCAUCAAUCUACUUGAUGUAUAAAUUGAUAAUCAAUUUAUUUGACGAGAAUAUAAUAACUUAGAUUGUGAGAUUGAAAUAUUUGCAAUUCUGUAAUGACAGUAUUUAUGGUAGAUCACGCAAAGUUCAGGAAAGAUGAAUAACUUUUUAUUUCAAAAUGUGCAGACUGGGUAACCAUGGCUAUUUUGGAUAUUGGUCUCGGAUUGUUACCCACUGUAUGCUGUUUGUAGUUUAUAUUCAAGAAUUUGGGUUUGAUUUCUGAACUUUGUGAUGGAAUCAAACGUAGAGGAAGCACUCAGGUUUAAAGCAAAUGCUGAGAAGAAGUUUGCAGAGAGAAAUUUUGUUGGUGCAAGGAAUUAUGCUUUAAAAGCUCAGAUGUUCUGUCCUGAACUGGAGGGUAUUUCUCAAAUGGUGGCAACUUUUGGAGUUUACAUUGCAUCGGAGGCAAAAAUUAAUGGAGAAAUUGAUUUCUAUUCAAUUCUCGGAAUGGAUCCAUCUGCCAACAAGUCUAAGUUGAAGAAACAGUACAAGAAGAUGGCGGUGUUGCUCCAUCCUGAUAAGAACAAAACUGUGGGUGCUGAUGGGGCCUUCAGACUUCUGUCAGAAGCAUGGACGCAUUUAUCCAAUAGUGUUAAAAGAAGCUCUUACGAUCACAGGAGAAAUUUGUAUGCUGGCCAUGCUGCUGGGGCCGGUGGUUAUGACAUGUAUUCCAAGUCUGCAGUUUCUCAUAGCACGCUUGACACGUUCUGGACUGUCUGUACCACCUGUGGUGUUCAAUAUGAAUAUCUCCGGAAGUAUGUAAACAAACGGCUUUCUUGUAAGAAUUGUCGUGGUGUCUUCAUUGCUGUUGAAACUGGAGUAGCCCCAAUAAAUGGUUCUUUCUCUUAUGGCCCAAGCUCUUAUGUGUCUGAGAAUGGUUAUGGAAGUUAUGGUCAUGGAGGUGCUUAUGUCCCAACAACAACUGGAUAUUGUGCACCUAAUGGAGUCUCAGGACAUCAUACCGGACAUGGAGCUGAGUUUGUCUCCAAUUUAUCUUUUCAAUCCAACUCCUUUCCUGGAUAUCAUGUUGACGUUUUAGAUCCUAAUGAAUCGUCUACAAUGUCCUUUACUUUCUAUCAAGAAAAUAAGAAGGCAAAUAAAACAAAAGCCCAUGGAAACCAUCACAUGGUAAAGGCUGCAGUUGAUAUUGUCUCCACUCCCUGUACUGAUUAUAACGAAAUAUCAAGACCAAAGCGUGGUAGACCAGCCAAGAAGAUAAAAGUCGACUUGACAAGUAGUCUUCCUAAAGGACAUGAACUGUCUGCAGAAACUGUUAUGGAAGCAAAAAUGACCUCUGGAAAUGGGAUCUUGAAGCGUAACUCUAAGCUUCAGUUGACAUCUGAGACUUCAAUCAGACGCAGUUCGGCUGCCCCUCCUUUUGAUGCUAGACAAUUGUUAAUUGACAAGGCAAGAUCAGAAAUACGCAAUAAACUUGAAGAGAUGAGGUUGGCUUCAGAAGCUGCAGCAGCAGAGGCUUUGACGAGGAAAACACACACUGAAGUUGAUAAAUCCAGUGAAGCUGCCAAAAUAUCAUGUCCAACUGGUACUGGCUAUCAAGCAGAACUGAAGAGAACUUUUUCAAUGUCAAUAACUGUUCCAGAUUCAGACUUUCAUGAUUUUGAUAAGGAUAGAUCAGAAAACUGUUUUAAGCCCAAGCAGAUAUGGGCCCUCUAUGAUGAAGAAGAUGGUAUGCCUCGAUUGUAUUGUCUAAUCCGUGAGGUCAUCUCAGUCAGUCCAUUUAAGAUUCAUAUUGGCUACUUGAGCUCUAAAACUGAUAAUGAAUUUGGAUCAGUGAAUUGGUUGGAUUCUGGGUUUACCAAAUCUUGUGGAAAUUUUAGGGUCUAUCAUUCUGAAAUUGUCGAGCAAGUCAACAUAUUCUCUCAUCUUCUUGGUAGGGACAAAGCUGGUAGGGGUGGUUGUGUAAGAAUCUACCCAAGAAGUGGUGACAUUUGGGCUUUAUAUUGGAACUGGUCCCCAGAUUGGAGCAGAACAACUCCAGACGCAGUGAAACACCAGUAUGAAAUGGUUGAGGUUAUUGAUGAUUAUUCUGAAGAGCUUGGAGUUUGUGUUGCUCCUCUAAUAAAGCUAGUUGGAUUCAAGACGGUAUAUCAGAGAAACACCAACAAAGAUGCCAUUCGGUGGAUUCCAAGAAGAGAAAUGUUACGGUUUUCACACCAGGUGCCAUCUUGUUUACUUAAAGGCGUAGACAAUAAAUUGCCCGAAGGUUGCUGGGAUCUUGACCCUGCUGCAACUCCAGGUGACCUUCUCGAGAGAGAAACAGAAGCUCAAAACAAUGUAAUUCCUUAUCGGGUACAGAACUCUUCGAAAACUCUUGAUCAACAAUUUCGUGCAGAAACCAUAGAAUGGGAAGAAAAAUUCAGUCAAACGAAUAGCUUUUCUGCAAAUCCCGAUGACUGGUCCCCGGUAGUAAGCAAACCAUGCAUGGAAGAGAGAACUUCGGUGGAGCUUCCUCAAGGUGAGAAUUUAAUCAAAACUCCAGUUGAUCUUCAUCAGACUGAAACAAGUGCGAGGACUUGACGAUCUCAGAAGAGCAUCUUUAAGUCAUAUAUCUGACGCAGCUAAACAUAGGGAGUGAAGUUCAAAGUCAUUUACAUUAUUCUGACAGUGCUGAAAUUGAAAAUGUACAGAUUCAAAUACACAGCCUAGAAACUAUCCUGAAGAAAUUAGGUAAUUGAUGAUCAAAACUGAUCUAUACCCAUUGCCCUCCAUUGUUUUAGGUGGCUGUACCUCUGUUUUGCAAUCUGUAAUGGGAAUUCUAUUGACUUCUAGUUUACAUAAAUGGUUCUUCCAUUUGAUCCUAACAAGUAGGUGAUGUCGUACUCUAAUUUUAUUAGGUACUAUUAUUUCGCCAAUUCAGUUAAUACCAAGAUUAUUUUUCUUCUUGA